ACUCGCAAUCGUCCUCAAGAGGCCUUGCAGUCUUCAUUGCGUCCGGCCUACAGCCCCGUCCCCCUACUCUGCCCCGGCGUGGCCUCCGACAAGAGGUGCCUUUGCGCUGCUGCUCAAGACCAUCGGGCGUCCCCCGGUCCUUUGCGCCGUCCAGCACCAGUCGCCGGAUGAUCUUGUAGCUUGUCCCGCGCUGCUCUGGGCGCAAAAUGCCACAAUGUACCACGGCUCCAAGUCAAAAUCGCAUCAAUGGGGCAGCUGGUCCGACUGGGUUCUGGACGAGCAGCACCGCCGCUACUAUCGCUUUCGCCAGGAUUCCGAAGGGAACUACGACUAUGACUGGGACCAGCGCGACUCGGUCGCUGCUGCGCAUGCCCAGACGCCGCGAGACACCACGAUCAACGACAUAACGGAGGGCCUCAAGGGCCUCACUACCGACUACGAUGGCUCAAUAUCCGAGGAGCAUACGCCGAGCUCAAGAUCCGGCCGGCCCAAGAGCAAGCACAAGCACCGAACAGGCUCUCGCGACGAGGACUCGGCUCAACAGGCCUACAGAACCUCGACCGCGGAUUCUUUGCAUGCGGCCCAGGCGGGGCAGUACGAGUACAGGGCGAGUCAAUCUCAAUAUGACGAGGACGAAGACGAAGGCCCCCCAACGCCAAAGGCGCAGUCGGGCGCAGGGAGCUACCACAUCACGGCUCUCGAGGAGCCAUUGGAAGAGCUGGAUCCUCCAAAUGAUCAGGGUCAUUGCACUUGCGUACCGAUCCUAACAUACGGCGGCAAGGGCUGCAAGAAGAAAGGUGUCAAGGCUGACAAACACGGCAUCAUCUAUGAGCGCGGCAGCAAGCCGCGACUGCUUGACAAGGAGCCAAAGCUAGGAUUCCCUCCCGUGAGAGUUGAGAUGAAGGAGGAGGGUGAGAAGCUGUCCAAAGAGUCCCGCGUCAACUACUCCAAGCUGGUGACGGUUGAACACAACGUCAAGGUGUUUUUCAUUGGGUCAAUUGUGUACAAUGACUGGGACCUCGUGAGCGAUGCCGUCAACCACUGCUGGAACAAGAAGAACCAUCAGAAGCAGCGGCAUCGAUAG